AUGUCAAUGUCAGUUAAGAUAUCACUGGUUGUUAUUGCACUCAUCUCCAUCACUACUAGUCUAAUUUCAUUGUCAUCGGCUAUUCCCGGAACUGCCACAUAUUACUCAUCGUAUACUCCAUCGGCAUGCAAUGGAAGUAUUCCAGGAGGAACAUUUGUAGCCGCAGCUGGUGAUAAAUUGUGGAAAGGUGGUAAAAAUUGUACGAAAAUAUUUGAGGUAGCAUGCACAGGUUCAUUGUAUCCAUUUCCACAUCCAUGCAAAAUUGGUACGAGUGUUUAUGUUAUAAUUGUGGACCGAUGCCCUAAUUGUGUUGUCACUUUUGAGCUUUCUAAAGAAGCAUUUGCCAGUAUUGCUGAUCCUGUUUUUGAGGGAGUCAUUACCAUUGAGUAUCAACCGAUUAGAAGUUAG